GUAGAAACAUACGGAGCCGUAUUCACACAAGAAGCCUAUGCUUCGGAAUUUUAUUCAAUCGAAAAUCCGACAAUGAUGUCAAUGUUCUCGCCAUCGAAUUCUGUCCAAAAUGUUGAAAAUAUAAUUUACAUGUGGAGUAACAGAAAGAAUCAAGAAACAUGACGCUGGCCGGGGCUGCCGGAUGAUCACAAGACUCCGCCAAAGUGGCUUUUCAGCCAUUUCAGGACAUGGAUGAUGGUAGAUGCCUACUUGACGUGAUAGAUGACCCUGAUGCGUUGACAUCAUUUCUUGACAAACAAGAUGAGUUUAGACUGGAUAGUGCUGACUUGGAGGAGUUCUCCAGGUACCAGCAGCAAUCUCUUCUCACCAAUAACCAAUAUGCCAUCGGACCAAACCCCAGCGCCUCCAUGGCGCAGGAAACCCCAUCCUCAGUACUGAUGCGCCUUGAAAACAUCUCACCCCCACCAAUCCAAAAUGACACUGUCCUCUCACUCCUGGGCGAUCGGCCUUUCACACCGACCAGCCACAAGCCGCAGAACAACCAGGCUGCAUCCAGGCCGAUCAUUGACCUUGGGUUUGGUGAGCAAGAAGGGGGUGAGAUCAAAGAGAUAUUUCCUGACUUUAUGAUGGGUUCCAGUCAGGUGCAGGCCAGCAACAACCAGGCUUUUUCAGCAGGUGAUGAUCUCUUCGGAAAGCUAGGGGUCAAGGGGAGUGUUGGAGGGUCCAACCAGACGCCAUCUGUCAAAAGUGACUUCUCCAGCAUCUUUUCAUUUGAGGAGGAAGGUGAGAAGUUACAGCAUGCCGUCCCACCCAGCUCCGUCAGUUCAGGGAAUGUCCAAGAUGUGAUUCAGCAGAGUCUGAUGUUGUCAGGGGUAGGUGAUCUCUCUGAUGAUGUUCCCAACCAACAAGAGGCUCUUACAGAGGUUCCAACGGACAAAGGAUCUGGAAGAACACAUGCUGUACAGCCUGCUCAUAGUAUCCCGCAAAGCCAUGCUUUACCCUCAAGUUUCAUGGUCCAGGGAGGAUCUGUCCAAAGUAGUAGUUCCCAAGACCAUCAGAAGAUGACGACAAAAAGCAUUCCACAAGUAGCAGUUGUAAGGCCACAAACUCAACCUCAACCACAGCCCCAGACGCAAGUCCUUGCAACACAGCCUGUCAUCGAUGCCCAGGGGCAGGUCAUCAACUCUCAGUUCCUCCAAACGCCUGGGAAAGUCAUGGGUAGUGCACAGCAGACUGUUAUGCCCAUGCAGCAAACCUAUGUCCUGAACACGAAGGCUCCUCUGAAUAUCCAUCCCAAACUUGGAAUCAGCCCUCCAGCUGCAUCAAAACCUCAACCCCAACAAGGCAUUAGAAUCAUGCUGGCACCACAAGCGGGUAAUAAUAUUCAAACAAUUGGAGGAGCUCCAGCUGGACAAACCAUCCAGUUGAAUCAUGGACAGGCUGGUGCAACAGGACAGCAAACGGUUGUCUUACACAAUGUACAAGGUGCUGUACAAGGAGCAGUUCAACCUGCUGGAGCUUCUUCUGUACCAGUCCUGCAACCAGUUAUAACAAUUGGUGCUACUCAAGGAAGCUUCAUCUUCAUGACAAGACCACCUGCAGUUCUUGCCCCUCAGCAGAUUCAGCAACUCCAAACCAGCGGUUCUGGUCUUGCCACCAUUCAGAUGCCUGGACAGGCCAUGGCACCCGUUGUUCAGCCUGUCAAUCAGCAACAAGGAGGUAAACAAGCCUUACCAGUGAUGCAGCUUGUGCAGUCUGGCGUUUCAGCUGGAAAGGCCUACCAAACAAUCGCCUUGCCGCAAGGUUAUGUCACCGGUGGACAGACAAUAGUGAUCCAAAAUCCACAAGGUUCAUCAAAUGUCCUUCCAAUCGCACAGAGCCAAGCAUCGAUAGUUCAAUCUGGAGCCAAUCAAGUCAGCUUUGUGCAGAGCAAACAACCUGGAACCUAUAACAAAGUUCAAACAACUCCACAGCUUAUUCAGCCAAAGGUAGUAAGUUCAGCUCAAGCACAAACAAAAGUUGGACCCAUUUUCUCGCAGUCUCUGAUAUCUUCCACUGCAUACCGCACCAAAGACAUUGCAUACAAUCCGCCAUCAAAAGUGGAUGUUGUAUCGUACCAAUCUCCGGCUAAUAGUGAGAUGGUUAAUUCUCCUGUAUCAUAUGCAAGCAGUAUUGCCCAUCAGAAUGCGGCUAAUAUUGUUCAACCAUAUGCCCAGUCAUUAUCCACUGCUAAAAAUGAAGUGCAAGUAAUCAAGUCAGAUCUUUUGCCUGCAUCCAAGGCAAAGCCAGUAGAAACAUUCCGUCAUAAACUGUAUGGUAAAAUCUCCACAGUACAGUCGGAUUCGAAGCACACUUCGCAAUCUGUUCCCCAGUCAAGUCAAGCUCAGAUGGCUGCCAUUACUCUGGCAAACCAAACCUCGGGCUCCUUACAAACCUUACUCCAGAAAGUACAGCCUGGUGAUGCUGGAGCAGAGCAGAGUUCAUCCUUACACCUCAGCCAGGCACUUAGCAGCACGACAGACCUAGGGACACAGUCUCAGCCAGUCUUCAUUCAGCAGAACUCUCCUCCUGCAAACACCAUUGUUACGCCGAGCAAUGUCAAUGCUAAAGGCUUGCCAAACCAGACUCAAACCUUGCCAGGAAAUAGUGGCAGUGUCCCUGCCCUCGUCCAGCACUCUCAACUCGCCCAGCUGAACUUACAAAGUUCAGUUUCUUCUGCGGCUGUUUCCAUUCAGACACCCACAUUAGUGAGCACACUACCUUCCAAUACUAGCAGUUUACCAACCAAGAAGACUCAACUAAAAAAGCAAAACAUGUUUGGUUCACGACCUGUUGCUUCUGUUGACAGCAGCGCUAAUUUUCAAGGAGAGUUCCUGAAGACAUUGCAAGGAAAGCAUGUAGUUGCAAGUGGUACAUCAGCCUCCACAAUAUCUACGUUAGCCACUAGCAGUAUUCUUACCACAACUCUGGCCUCUUCUACCGUUGGCUCCCAAAUCAACCAAGGAGGACAUCCAAAUGAAUUUACCUCGGGUUCCCACAUGCUAGGGAGUAAUACAAGUGUUACAGCAAGUUUGGAGAAUACCAUUAGUAGUAGCGGUAUGAUGAGUAGUGCUGGAGGAGUUCUUUCCACUCCUGGUCUUAUAAGUGCCCUUGAACUAAAAGCGAAGCAAAUGCAAGAAUCAGGUAUGAAGAGCCUUGCCCUGAACCAGCAGCCUAUGGUUAGUGCAUUGCAGUUAAAGGCACAGCAGAUGAUGACUCCCCAAAGCACAUCUUUCAACCAGCAGCCAAUACGGCCAAAUGCACCCAUGAUGAGUGCACUUCAGUUGAAGAAUGCUGGCCAUUUUCAAGGACAAGGUGUAAGUGUUGCAGGCGCUACUAAACCACAGCCCAUGAUAAGUGCUUUAGAAGUACAACAGCAGAUGCAAAGGCAAGGGCAGGGUAUGAACGCAGCACAACAGCCAGGCACUCAGAAUCGACCAAUGGUAAGCGCUCUGCAGUUGCAGCAAUUGAUGAGACAGAUGGGCACUUCAAAUCCUGGAGCUGAUAACACAGCACUGAUGAACCAGCUCUUGCAACUUCAACAAAGAAAGAAUGCAGUACAGGCAGGUGCCAAUCCAGCUCAAUCAAAUCAAAUGCAAAUUCAAGCAGUUGUAAACCAGAGCCAAAUAUCUCAUCCACCUAGUUCUGGACAACCUUUGCCAAGUCCACAGGGGGGUUCCAGACCACCAAGCAUUGGUCAGUCACUUCCAAGCCCCCAAUCCAAUCAAAGUCAUCGCCCUCCAAGUGUGCCUUUGCCGAGUCCACAAGGGAUGCCACCACAUCGCCCACCAAGUGCAGGACAACCUGCACAGAGUCCUCAAGCCAUGCAGCCACACCGCCCGUCUAGUGCUGGUCAGCCAUUGCCCAGCCCUCAGGGCAGACAAACAUCUCGUCCACCUAGUGUUGGCCAUCCUCUACCCAGCCCACAAGGUCAGCCAUUAGCAAGUCCACAAGGAUUGUCAAUGCCAACUCAUCAUAGCCAGCAUGUCAUGGGUUCUCAAGGAUUGCAAAGUCCACAGAAUGUGUUAAAUAGUGGCAGCCAAGUGAUCCAGAACAACCAAUCAACCUUUGCUCCAAAUGCACAUCAUGUGAUGCCGUCAAGUGCUCCUGUCCAUCCAGCGCAGACUGGGCAAGUUCCUAGUCAGCCUUCCACAACGAUGAUGCCCCAGCUUUUACAAGCUUUUGAUCUUUUGAAGAAAGCACAGGCAGCCCAAGCAAAGGGUCCAUCAGGUGCCCAGGAGCAAGCUCAUUACAUGCAGCAGUUUCAGUUGCUCUUGCAGAAACAUCCAGAUUUGAUGAAGCAAUUGCAACACCUAAAACAGAAACAGCAGCUUGCAAAACAACAGCAGAUGGCAAAACAGCAACAGAUGGGAGCUUCAAUGCCUGCAAGUUCAUUCCAGCAAAUGCAACAAUCUGGUGUCACCAAUCAACAGCAGUUUCAACAGCAGCAGGUCCUUUCUGCGAGUGCGGAUCAAGCACAACUGGUAGCGUCGUCAAUCUUACAAGCAACCCAGAAUGCUAGCGCUGCUUAUAACACAAGACAUGGUGGAAUAGCUUCGUCUACAGGAGAAACUGAUGUACAGCAACUCAUUAGACCUAGCUCAACUACCUUUAGCACCAACAGUAUUCCAAAGGCAACAGAUGGACUUCAAAAUCAGAACCCCAAUUACACACCCAAUGUAACUAUCCAGGCUGUGAAUUCAGGGCAGAAGGAUGGCACACCUAGCGGAGGGUCGUUCGUACCAAAUCAAGGUCAACAACCAGUGGUUUCGUCUUCAAAAAAGAAACCACCUCCAAAUACAUCAAUGAUGCCUCCACCCCCACCUGCUCCCCAGCAAGCUCCACCAAACGUGUCUAUUCUGCCUUCACAGAAGCAGGCUCCACUUGGAACGAUUCCUUCUGUUACCAAGGAGAAAGAUGUGUUUGAGUUUGAUGAUGAUGAUCCAGUACCUGUCAAAGUAGAGAACAAGUUCAGUCGGAAGACAUCAGGCGGAAAGACUGGCUCUGGAACAGUUCAUCACCAACCUCUAUCAAUGCAGCAGAGAGCAACAGAGGGUCAGGCUGCUCUUCAGAUCGACCCAACUGGGGUACCUCAAGAAGGUGCUCCCGCGCAGAUGAACUUUGUUGGAUCUCAAGCCAAUCAACUGCCAUCCCAAUCUGGCCAGAUGUCUAGGUCUCAGAGCAAUGCCUCGCAGGGUAGCCAUCUGAGUCGUAUGUUGCAGAGUGCACCCCAAAUGAUACUGCCUUCAAACCAAAUGAAUAAGAAACCUGGUUUUGAAGCUGGGCAGCUCACCUCGCAGGGUUAUCAACAUGGACAAGUGCCACAGGAGAAUAUCCGGAGUAGUCCAGCAACAUCGUUAGUCUCACAGGGGGCUCAGUCACAGGUCACAGCAACAAGGGUGUCUGCAACAUCUGUCAAUGCUGGGGGAAGCUUACAGAAGGAUUCUAAUGUUGCCAGCAGAAGACUGCAACAGCUACAGCAGAGUCAACAAGCAACCAGUACUGUUUUCAAAACGAAAGCGAAAGCCAAAACAUCACACUUCAGCGUGCAGACCCAGCAGAGCCUCCACAGUGUCCAAGGGUUCAUCCGGCAGCUAGAAGGCAUCGUCAACCGCACCCCAAAGCAAGAGGCGAUGCUUCAACAGCUCCUGGACUUACAGCAGAAGAUCAACGACCAGGCCAGAGCUAAGCUGGAAGGGACAGGUACCCCGACACCCUCUGCCAAACCAGUAGGUGGUGCCAUCGUUCCAAAGGUCCCUGCCACUGGCUUAUCCAACGAUGCUACAGGAGAAGUCGCCACAGCUGCAAGUACCAUCCAGAAUACUGCCAGUUCUACAUUUGCCGUGGCCAGCUCAAACUUGGGUGUAUCAGGGACAACACCCCAGAGUUACGGUUCUGUAACAGCCACAGCAAACAUUCCUAAACCUGCAGUAGGUACUGCCAUGCCAAAUCAACCUCCGUCAACAGGACAAUAUAAGAUGGGUAACACCGAUCAGCAGACUUCAUCUUCCUUCGCUGCAGCGGCUGCUGCUGCUGUCGCCGCCCAGGCCUCGUCCCAGACCUCUACAUCAGGGGCCCCAGCAACCCAGGGGUCCACUCAACCUGUUGCUCCCAUCUCGUCCAUACCAACGCCGGUGUCAGGGGUACAGGUCCCUUCCUCUACUAGCGUAUCCACCACCCUCCAACAGAUCUUCACCACAAAUAUUGUGCAGUUAGUGGGCAAGAACCUGACACCUCAGCAACAAGACGUCUUGAGGCGCCUCCAGGAGCAGUUGAAGAACAUGACCCCACAGCAGCAACAAGAGUUCUACCGACAGCAUCAGGUCAAGCUACAGCAGGGACAGAAAAAGGUCCAAGAUGCGUCAAGUUCAGCAGUACAACCUGUGCAGCAGCCCUCCUCCAGUACUCCAACACCAAAGGCUCAGUUGUCUCCGGUGAGAGCUCCCAAGCCCAGCCGUAGCAAGGCCAAGAAGAAAGGGGCCAAGGCGUCUCCCAAAGGAGACCGAAUGGAGGAUAAAGGGGGUAGAGAAGUGGAAAUCAUCUCCCCUCCACCGCCCCCUAAGCCCCCGACGCCACCACCGGCUGCAGCUGAAUUCAUCCGAGAGAGGCGUGACUUAGACAAGUACUGUGUGGAGAAUAUUCAGUUCAAGACGCCCUUUGCUUCGUACAACGAGGCUAUACAGAGGCUGUUGCCCUACCACAUAGCGCAUGAGAAGAUCCCCAGCAAGGAAAGUUUCAAAGAAACUGAGAGUUCUUUUAAUGAGAUCAGUAACCAGCUGAUGACAAAGAAGAAGAAGAUGUUGGAUAAAUUCCAAUACCUCCUCUAUCAAGAAAGUAUGAUUGAAGUGCCGUCGUCAGAGGUUGUCAUGCUGGGGCGUUUGUUUCACCAAGACGAGACGGCUGCACUCCAAGAAGAACGCAGUAGAGUCGAGGCUAACAGAGGACUAGUAGAAUCAUUGAUGCCAAAGAUAGAAUCCAGUCAGGACCAAGAAGCAGCCAAUGCUCAGGCUGCCCAUGUAGAGGCACCCUCUGAGCAUUCGUUCGCCCAACCUGCCAAGGUCGCCCCUACCAAAGCUGAACCCCGCCACAAGACCAACCACGACAGAAUACGAAAAAGUCCAGAGAUGAACCCCUCCCGUAGGUCCGGUGGGCAGGGAGCCACUCUGCAGCGUCAAAGACAGGUGAGCGGUGACGGAGACACAUCCUCGAGCACCGAAGGACAGUAUCAGUCUUCGAUCGUGUCCAAGUACGGGAGCAGCGACGAGGAAGAUGGUUCGAAAGGAGCGUCCGGGGGUGGCAUUCGGUUACGGUUGACCAAAAGUUUAUUGGUGGAGUCCAAGGUCAAGUCCCGCGAUCGAUCCAUUACAAGUGAGAGCGAUGACUCAGUACUAUCCUCCCCGACCAAGCCGAAGCGGCGGAGAAGCCAACUCGAGGCGCUGCUUAGUUCUGAUUCCUUAGACAGUAGCGACUACUCGCCGUCAAUCGAUUACAGGACUAGGGGCAGUGUGUGGAAGGUUAGCGAGAAAACUAAAGAUUCUUUUGCAUUCCAAGAAAGCGACGCAAGUACCCGCGACACGGUCGGCUCGCAGUCUCGCGACCGGAACCCCUCCGGAAAUCAGUUCGAUGCAAUAAUGGAUGAGGAUAGUGAGUGCAAAGACGUGCUUCAAGAGCAGAUGGACAGUGCAGUCAACAGUAUUCUUUUUCUACAGAACCCGGGUCCCAGUGAUAACAUGCGCCAUGCCAGCCUUGCCGAUAUUAGCUUUGAUCAGGACGAUGUGUUUGACAGCGCCGACGACUCUGCAGUGUUUAAUCUCGAAGACUAUGCCAAUACGAGUUUCCUGGAAGAAAGCAGCGCUGUCGCCGGGCUUGAGACCGAACUCAACACGAUGGAUAGCGAUGUUGAAGAAGCGGUCCGGAGCAUUUUGUGAUCAACAAUCAAAAGAUGCUAGCAAUAAUUUUGCCAAUGAAGAGCAUUGCUGGUUCAGAGGUGAUCGCCAAAGCUGUCACAUGGAUGAUGCAGUUGUGCCGCUCUGCAGAGUCCGACAGAACUUCACAGAAACCUUGGAAAGAUAUCACUUACGUACAGGUAUCCUGUACAGAAAUAAUUGUGUGUGAAUACAUUGUAGUAUUCAAAAUAGUCUACUCGUAUCGUAAAGAACAUGCAAAUUAUUUGUAGUAAUGUCCACGCAAAAUUAUCUCGCAAUGUACAUUAAAGACAGUUUGGAGGGUUUUUAUUUACACAACACGCUUCCUUCAUUCCGAAACUCAAUGUACUGUGCCAAACUUAGCUUACGUAAGCAGCACUACUUAUUUGUUUACUCGUUUGUUAACAUUAGUUUUGGGGUACUGAAUGCCAACCAAACUGUUGUUUUGGAAACCACACAUCGAUUUGUACGCACACACUUGUGUAUUUAAAGUGAAUGGAUGUGGAAAUACGGAACCAAUACGUCUGACUGAAUAAAGCGCUGCUAUGCAAAGUGAACAGUGGUUCCUUAUUUUUACGUUGUGUUAUUUUAAGCUGCCUUGUCAUUCAAAGAGUAAAUUGUAAUUUAAUGCAAUUAAUACAUGGAAACUAAACUGAAAUCAGAGCAAUGAUAGAAUUGGAUUUGUACCGAGAUUACUGAUACAGGUGGGCAUUUCAUAAAGCUGUUCGUAAUUUAAGAGCGACAUAAAGACUUAUCCUGCCAAUCAGAGACAUGUACCAUGCAAGAUACCGUCCAUACGGCACUCUGACAGAGUAUAUAAGGCCUGCUUUUACAACUUUGCUCAUUCUCAUGAAGACGACAAGAACACACUUGUCGAAACGUCGAGAUUGGGUGGUCCUUUUCAGGACCAACACUUGCCCAAGAAAGAUACAUGGUGUACCGUGAAACCUACUUCACUAUUCUUCUUCGCCAUGGAAACCUUCAGAAGUUACACGAUCCUCGUGGUAAAUGGUACACACCAAAAUAUUCAUUAGCGACGUUUAUUUGAGUAAGAAAGGAUCACCAGUCGUUCGUACAGUUGGUCUUAACUUCCGAACAGCCUUAUGAAACGCCUACCAGUUGUUUUAUUUUGUGCCAUCUAAUGGCCAAAGAUGGCCACAAGUAGAGUUCGAACCUUGGGAUGCCACUGAAAAAAUACCCCCCCCC